AUGCAGAUCUCUGGAUUUCCUCCACUUGAUCUCAACUUUGGACUACUUUCUGUACACGUGAACAUUUCCAGCCACUAAAACGCAGCGUUUGACAAAUUGAGCCGCAAACGUCAAGCUUUUUUAUAAACUUCAUCACAACUUUUACCAUCACUUCCCAACUUUCCAGUUUGUGGCAGACACAGAUGCUCCCGCUGCUGGUCACGUGAGAGGGAGCCACGGCACCGUUAUACUGUCUUUGGCCUCCUGUCGAGACGAUACCCAGCGAACCCCCCCCCGCGCCCCCAUGUCCGGUGACCCUUACACUUUCUCUAGCGAUUCUCUCCCCUCUGACCCCCGCUUCCUGCCUCCGCUGACCAACGGCCUUUUGGGAUGGCGGGUGUACAACGACACCAUGCACAUGGGCGGUGUGUACAACGGGGGGCGGGGGGAAUGUCACCGCGCGGACGUUCCCUGUCCUCUAGCCGUGAUGGUUGAGACAGAGGAAGCCGGUCAAGACUGCUACAGCCUGGACACCCACACAGGUGUUUUCACGCACACGCUAACCUCACCCAGCGUGACAGUUUCGCAGUCUUUCUAUUCGCACCGCUGCCACUCCAACCUGAUGGUGAUGGAGAUCCUCUUGGUGCGCCGUGUGACCUCCCAGGUGGCGUUCACCGUCAACCUGGCCUCUGCCUUCACCCCUCAGAGCAAAGACAUUGAUUUCCAGGCUGGUCCUGCCUGCAGAGGUGGGAGCCAUAUUCAAGGUCAUACCCACACCGCAGAGUUCCCAGGAGGUCCUUGUCCCAUGGUGCAUCUCAUCUGGACCCCCAUACCUUCCACUCUCACGUUACUACCCGGGCAAAGCCAGGACCGCUGGGGCUUCAUUCUGGCUGCGGCUAACUCUUUAGAUGUCGCCGAGGCCAGUUUUGACCAAGGCCUGGAGCUGAUGGCGACGGGUGCCUUGCGGCCCUCUCACGAAAAGGCUUGGGAGGAGCUUUGGCUCCGGAGCAAGGUGGAAGUUACGGGAUCCGAGCGCCUCUUGAAAGCUGUGAUCGGCUGCAUGUUCUACCUCCUCAGUGCCUUUCCCUCCAUCCACGACACAUCCAGCUUUUUUGGCGGUGUCAGUCCCGGUGGACUGUCAAAUGGCUCAGAGGCUCAGGAUUAUUGGGGCCAUGUCUUCUGGGACCAGGAGAUCUGGAUUUACCCCAGUGUAGCUUUAUUCUACCCAAAACUGGCGCGUGCAGCACUGGAAUACAGGACGCGGACUAUCGACGGAGCCAAAUAUAAUGCUCAAAAGCAGGGAUUCAAGGGGGUGAAGUUGGCAUGGCAGAGUGCUGCGUCCGGGAGGGAGAUGUGCCCUGAGGACAUUUACGGAAAACAAGAGAUUCACAUCAAUGGCGAUGUCGCACUGGCCUUCCGGAAUUACUACUACCUCACCGAAGAUGUGACGAUGUUCACGGAUGGACGGGGCAGUCAGCUGAUAUGGGGCGUGGCUGAUUACUGGGUUUCCAGGGCAACCUGGAGCCUCGACGACCACAAGUAUCAUCUCUUAGAUGUCAUGCCACCAGAUGAGUAUUACUACAAUGUCAACAACUCGGUCUACACAAACACAGCGGCCAAAUUAAGUCUGCAGUUUGCUGUCGAGUUAGCUGAUCUCCUCCAGUAUCCUGCACCAAAGGAAUGGCAAGAUGUGGCGGAUCACUUCCUGAUACCUUUUGACCACCAAUCUUUGUACCAUCCUGAGUUUGAAGGCUAUUCUAAAGGUUAUCCAGUCAAACAGGCCGACGCUGUGAUGCUGACCUAUCCUCUUGGCCUGCCCAUGUCCCCUGAGAUCAGAAGAAACGACCUCGAAGCUUAUGAAGCGGUCACCGACCCUCAUGGGCCAGCCAUGACUUGGGGCAUGUUUGCGAUUGGUUGGCUGGAGCUGGGGGAGGCAGACAAAGCGCAACGUUUGCUUGAGAGGUGCUUCAGAAACAUCCAAGGACCUUUCCAGGUUUGGAGCGAAUCAUCAGAUGGUUCCGGCGCAGUCAAUUUUCUCACAGGUAUGGGAGGAUUCUUGCAAGGUGUGGUGUUCGGCUACAGUGGCUUCAGAGUUGAGAAGGAACGCCUGGCCUUUUCCCCUCUUCUUCCCAACGACCUGAGUGAGCUUUGCAUUCGUGGCGUGAGCUACUUGGGUCAUCAGCUGGACUGGCUGUUUCGCAAAGAUGAAGUGUGCGUCGUUCUGAGGGAGAAGGAAGGCAGUACUGCGAGGGAUGAGAUAUGUGAUCUGCAGGUGGUCCUCAAGGCAUCAGGGACUAAAAUCCCUUUAACCCCAGGGACACCAGUGACAUUUCCUCGAGAGCCUGGAUGUGUUUGCAAACUUGAAUUGUCGUCUUUCUGCUGGCCUCUCUGAAUAUCUAUCCAUCCAUGGAGCUUCUUAUCCUCACAAGGGUCACGGGAGUGCUACAGCCUAUCCCAGCUCUCAUCGGGCAGGAAGCGGGGUACACCCUGAACUGGUCAACUACUAUGAAUGAAAAUAUCAAAGCCCUAUAUCAGAGUGGUUCUGAAUACUCACAGUUGUUGUACUUCUGUUUACUAGUCUUAUGGUAAUAAGACUUUUUGCUAUGAGAAAAUUAUUUUUAGAUUUUUUCCGAGGUGGAUAUUCUACUACACUUUUCGCAAAGUUCUUGUAGCCCAAGGUAAGAGGUAAGCACGAGACUGUGGGUGUUUCCCCGUGUGGGUGUGUCUGUGACUGCACAAGAAAUAAUGGACACCUCAUAAAGGAUGAUUGGUUACUUUUCAAAGGUGUGGUGUUUUUUUUUUUCGUCUUUCAAAAUCAAAUUAGAGGCACAGGGUGGGGCCUUAAAAUACACAAUACGUAUUGCUGCCACACACACACACACACACACACACACACACACACACACACACACACACACACACACACACACACACAAAAAAGGUUUAUGACAUUUUAACGUGAUACGUUUUGAAGACUAUUUUACUUUUAUUGCACUUUCAUUAUUUGCUUAAAUAUGACCCUAUACAUUUAAUAAACAGAUAAAAGUGUUGUCCAUUUGCUAAUCAGACAAGGAUGUGUUGUGGAGCCGGUGGUUGUCCUUGAUCUUUGUAUGCAGAAAACCGGCUGGCGCCAGACUCCUCUCCCAGGCGUUGCCGUGGAGACGAACGCACAAUAUAAUGUGAUAAAUUACACGUUAUAAUAUGAAAAGUUUCAUGUUUUAACAUAAUUCAUUUCAUGUUAUACACUAAUGUGAGACUUUCGUGUUAUAAUGUGAUUCAUUUAUACGUUAUAACGUAGAAAGUAACAAUGUUAAAACAUAAUAAAUUUGAUUCCCCCCCAUCCUCAAUAAUCUAUUCCUUACAGUUCGGAUCACUGGACCCGUCUUAUAUGUCAAAUCUAUAUAUCUCUUUUUCUCAGCACGGUGGAGCAGCUGGUAAAGUGUUGGCCUCACAGUUCUGAUGACCCGGGUUUGAUCCCAGGCCCACCUGUGUGGAGUUUGCAUGUUCUCCCCAUGCCUCCGUGGGUUUUUCUCCCACCACUCCGGUUUCCUCUCACAUCCCAAAAACAUGCAACAUGAAUUGGACACUGUAAAUUGCCCAUGGGUGUGAUUGUGAGUGUGGCUGUUUGUCUCUGUGUGCCCUGCGAUUGGCUGGUGACCAGUCCAGGGUGUACCCCGCCUCCUGCCCGUUGACAGCUGGGUUGGCUCCAGCACUCCCCGAGACCCUUGUGAGGAUGAAUGGCAAAGAAAAUGGAUGGAUGUCUCUUUUUGUUUUCCCACAGACUAUUUUCCUCAUGUCAGGUCCGAACAAAAACG